CUCCUUCCGGCCGGCGGGAAGAUGGCGGCGCGGGCGGCGGAGCUGCAGCGGCUGCAAUGGAGACUGGAGGUGCUGGAGCAGCGUGUCGGCAGCGGUGACGGAACCAGCGGGCCGCAAAAGGUGGCGGACGAGCUGGUGAAAGUGCAGGUGGCGCUGAACACCAUCGCCGGCAAGAGGGAGAGGAUCAAAAUCCUCUUCAAGAAAAUUGAAGAUGUAAUAAAAUACCUUGACCCUCAGUACAUUGAUAGGAUGGCUGUUCCAGAUGCCAUGAAGCUGCAGUUCAUCUUGGCAGAGGAGCAGGUUCCUCUUGCUUCCCGAGCAGCCCUUCUGGAGCAGGUGAAGAACCUCCAGCCCAUUUUGGACAGUGCCAGUAUCCGAGCUGUUCCUGACCAUGCAGCCAAGCUACAGCGACUGUCUCAGAUCCACAUACAGCAGCAGAAACAACGCCACGAGCUCACGGAUAAUGUCAAGACACUCCUGGAGGACUACAACAAAGUGACCCUGCUUCUCUCCAAGCAGUUUGUCCAGUGGAAUGAAAUACUGACACGCCUGGAAGCAGCCAAGGAAGCGAAACCUGUGGCAGAGUGAUGGCAGAGCCAAGAGCAUGGGGAACCCUGGGACCUUGCUGCUUUUUGGUCACUCUGGAGAUGCAGCAGCACAACUAUCACCCUGUCAUUUUAGUAUUUUCCCACUUGUAAGCAUGCUGCAAAUGACAUUGCAGGCUCUCAGGUGGCACUUUGGCUCCACAGGUCCUCUGUGCCAGUCCUGAGUUGAAGCCACACUGUUCCUUAAUGUGCCGCUGUUUGCAAAUCUUGCACUUCCCAGAGAUACUUUUUGGUUUGUAACAUAUUUUAAAAACCCUUCCUGCUCUUGCUGUCGAUCGUAGUAAAGUCCUAAAAUGCU